AUGAGUUCAGAAAACUACCCUGUUCACCGCAAUGGCAUCUACCGUAACCUCCCCACCUUCGACCCAUCUAUCACCGGAUUAACCGCUAUUGUGACUGGCGCCAAUGGAAUCUCUGGUUUCCACACUCUGCGAGUGUUGCUGGAGAGCCCUGAACGAUGGUCCAAGAUCUACGCCUUAUCCCGUCGACCUCCUCCCAAGGAGAUGUUGGCUUUGCUCUCCGAGUCUCAACGAUCGCGUCUACAGCACGUGGCCGUGGAUUUCCUGGAAGAGCCAUCGAAAAUUGCGGAUGUUUUGAAAUCAGUCCAUGUCACCGCCGACUACAUCUUCUUCUACUCCUAUCUCCAGCCCAAGCCACCAGUCGGGGCUCCAGUCUGGUCCAACGCCGAGGAAUUGGUCAAAGUCAACAGUGCCCUCCUCGACAACUUCCUGCAGGCGAUCAUGCUUGCGAAAAUUACUCCCAGACGCUUCCUGCUCCAGACAGGAGCAAAGCACUACGGGGUGCAGAUCGGUCGUCUCCGCACGCCAGCCAUCGAAUCCGACCCCUACCUAUCCCACCUGGAGCCGAACUUCUACUACCCGCAGGAAGAAUCCCUGUUCAAUUACUGCAAAGCGCAAAAUACUUCGUGGAAUGUGAUCCGGCCGGCCUGGGUUCUCGGCGCUGUCACCAACGCCCAAAUGAACGCUCUGCUGCCCGUGGCCAUCUAUGCAGCCGUCCAGGCCCGAAAGGGAGAACCCAUUGCUUUCCCCAGUGAUUGGGAGACAUGGCAAUACGAGUCACAUCACUCGACGGCUUUGCUGACUGGCUAUCUGUCCGAAUGGGCUGUGCUAGAAGACAAAGCCAAGAACGAGGCGUUUAACGCGCAAGACACCGGCCCGGUGACCUGGGACAGAUUCUACGAGGAACUGACCCACUGGUUUGGCGUUGCAAAGGGCGUCAUCCCGCCGGAGGAAGAUCUAUCCAAGUUCGAGGAGUCGGUUGGAAAGGCCGGUGCAGACACACCGAUGGGAUACGGUCCUCCAUUGGUUCAUCGAACUACCUUCUCACUCGUGGAUUGGGCUUCCAAGCCCGAGAACAAAGCAGCCUGGUUGGAACUGCAGAAGGAAUCGGGCGGCCAGCUCACCUCCAACCCGUUUGACGAUCCCGAGACAAACUUUUCGUUUGGUGACCAAGCCUUCAGGAAAGUUCCAAGUAUGAAUAUGAACAAAGCUCGCCGGCUGGGCUGGACGGGAUUUGUCGACACGAUCGAAUCCUUGUUUGAGAUUUACUCUGAAAUGGGCGAUUUGGGUAUGCUGCCGCGCUUGAAAGCUGAUAAGCCCAACCCGCUUGUUUGA